UUCAUUUUUUGCACACGAAUUUUCUAUCUAGUUUUUUGCAAUUUUAUCCAAAAAUACAAGAAGAUAAUUUCUGAAAAUUAGUAAAAAAGUGAAAAUGGCAGCGAAAGAUUCAAAAGCAGCCAAAAGGAAGGCAACAGCUUUCAAGGAAACGCCGAAAACGGAAGAAAAUAAGAAGACGGUGAAGGAAGAGAGUGACUACGAGUCGGAACAAGAGGAUUUGAUGCAAGGCAAUAUUGAUAAUGGUCAAGAAGACAGUUCGGAUGACGAAGCUGAGGAAAUUUACGAAGAAGGAAGUGACGAUGAGGUAUUAAGCUUCGAAAGUUACCCAUCCGACGAUGAAAAUGCCGAAGAACGGGGAUCAGAUUCGGAUUUCGUUGAGGAAGAAUUAGGUUCGGAAGACGAGGUUGACAGCAGUGACGACGGAGAUUCAGAAGAAAAUGACGAAGAAGCGGACGAAAGUAAACCUCCAGGCGAGUUACUUCGCAUCAAACCGGAAGAAAAAGAACCUGAACAAAAAUUAUCAAAGCGACAAAUGAAAAAGUUAGCGAAUAAAGAUGAAUAUGCUGACGGCGAUACAUCCGAUGAGGAAGACAUUCGCAACACUGUCGGUAAUAUUCCGAUGAAAUGGUAUGCGGAUUACAAGCAUUUGGGUUACGAUUGGGAUGCAAAGAAGAUUUUGAAGCCCGAAGGAGGCGAUACACUCGACGAAUUCCUCAAACGCAUGGAAGAUCCCGAUUUUUGGCGUACGGUGCGUGAUCCUCAAACGGGACAAGACAUCGUUUUAUCGAGCGAGGACAUUACGUUGAUCAAAAAUAUCAUGGCAGGUCGAAAUCCGGAUCAAAACUAUGAUAAUUACGAGCCGUGGAUCGAAUGGUUCACAUCGGAAGUCGAAAAAUUACCUAUUCGCAAUAUUCCGGCACACAAAAGAAGUUUCUUGCCAUCGAUUGGGGAGAAGAAAAAAAUUGGUAAACUCGUGCAUUCACUGAAAAUGGGAUGGAUGAAGACCAGAGAGGAGCAAAAACGUAUCGCUGAAGCCAAUAAAGGUCCGAAAUUCUAUAUGAUGUGGGAAACUGAUACAGAUCGCGAAAAGAUGCGACGAAUUCACGAUCAUGUAGUUGCUCCAAAACGUGCGUUACCUGGGCAUGCUGAAUCGUAUAAUCCUCCCGCCGAAUAUUUGUUCAACAAACAAGAGAUGGAAGAAUGGGAACGCAUGGCGGAAGAGCCUCACAAGCGAAAAUUGCAUUUCCUUCCGCAAAAAUACGCCUGUUUGCGACACGUGCCCUACUACGAGCGUUACAUCAAGGAACGUUUCAUUCGGUGUCUCGAUCUUUAUUUGUGUCCUCGUGCCAAACGCAUGAAACCCACAAUCCAACCGGAAGAUUUGAUCCCGAAAUUGCCGCAACCACGCGAUUUGCAACCAUAUCCAACCAUGCAAAAUCUCAUCUACAAGGGACACGAAGAUAUCAUUCGUAGCAUCAGCAUCGAGCCACGCGGCGAAUAUAUUGUCACAGGUUCCGAUGAUAAAACCGUCAAAGUGUGGGAAAUUGCGACAGCACGUUGCAUCAAAACCGUCAAGUGCAAAGAUGUCGUUCGUUCUGUCGCUUGGUGUCCAAAUCCGAAACUUUUAUUGAUCGCCGCUGCCACGGGACAAGACACAAUUUUAAUAAAUCCCAAAGUUGGCGAUAAAUUGCUCAUCAAAAAGACCGACGAUUUGCUCAUCGAAGCACCGAAACACGAUACCGAGGAGAACGAACGCGUCAAAAAUGUUAUUUCGUGGUCCGUGCCGUCGCAAGAAGACUACGACCAGGGUAUUCGUAUCGUUUUGCAUCACUUUAAGGAUGUCAAGGAAGUUACGUGGCACGGGCGAGGCGAUUAUUUCGCGACAGUUAUGCCCGAAGGCGCAAAUCGUUCGGUCCUCAUUCAUCAAUUGUCCAAACGAAAGUCACAAAUUCCCUUCAGCAAGAGCAAAGGUCUCAUUCAGGCGGUUCUCUUUCAUCCCGUUAAGCCGUGCAUUUUCGUUGCCACACAACGUCACAUUCGCAUCUACGAUUUGGUCAAGCAAGAACUCGUCAAGAAGCUCAUUUCGAACGUUAAGUGGAUCUCGAGUAUGGCAAUUCAUCCAAAGGGCGACAAUUUACUUGUGGGAUCGUACGAUAAGAAAAUUCUCUGGUUUGACUUGGAUUUGUCGACGAAACCGUAUCAAACACUCAAGUUACAUCAAUCGGCAGUACGGAAUGUGGCGUAUCAUCAACGAUAUCCGUUGUUUGCUUCAGCGAGUGAUGAUCGAGGAGUUAUUGUUUGUCACGGAAUGGUCUACAAUGAUUUGAUGCAAAAUCCAUUGAUUGUUCCUUUGAAAAGGCUCGAGUAUCAUCAACGAUCGAACGAUUUCGGAGUAUUUGAUGUCGUUUUCCAUCCAACACAACCAUGGCUGUUCUCUACGGGAGCUGAUCAUACUGUUCGACUUUACACCUAAAAUGAAUUCAUUGAAAAUUUCAUUAGAUUUUAUUAUAAAAAAUUAUUUUCAUUUAAAAUUUUUGAGUUUUUCUUGUCAUCUAAUUUCUGAAAGGUGAAAAAUGUAAAAAAUUCUUUACAAAAUCGUAGAAAUUCAUUAAAAAAUUGAACUUUUUGUCGUUAAAUGAACUGAAAUUUAUAAAAAUCUAAGUU